GUUUCACGCCCGUUCCCCCCCCUAAUUUGUAUCGUGUUAGUUGCCUCCUGGCCUCUGUCCCUCUUAUAGCAUGGAGAAGCUCGCCCGUUAGUGGCGCUGGCGUAGACAGAAGAUGCCGGGCCUCGCAACACGGUCAUGUAGUUUUCGCAUUUGUCCGGUGUCAAUUCUGUAAACAGCUUCUACCCCAGAAGGAUUGAAGGAUGUGAGCAAAGCUCGAAUCUAGUAUAUGACAAAUGCUCAUGCAACCCUUAAGAAAAGACCCAGGAAUGCCAACAGGGUUUUCCAUUGACGAUCUAAACCUUCCCAUCGCAGGAGCCGAGGACGGUCAACCGAAUCUAAGCAGGUCCGGCUUGAUUAAGGAGAUGUCUUGGGUAGAUCUAGUAAGUAGUUGGGGAAACGCAUCUAUACUCCUUGACUAUAGAACGACCCUUCUCGCCGGAACCGGUUUCUCAAACCUGCCUGCAAAAAAAUAGUCUUCCACAAGGAGCAUUACAGCGGAAGUCGGCAAAAGGGCUGGCAAGUCCAAAAACAAUGUCCCUUGACAACCAGUUAUUCCGACUUCAAGCCUGCCUCGAAAUCACAAGGCUCAAAUCGCGUUACGUCCGGGCCAUUCAGCAACGAAACUGGGAUGCCUGGGCGGCAUGUUUAACAGAAGACGCCACGGCACAAUUCAACCCUGCGCCAGGACAAGCAGACAGCCCGAUCUAUAAAGGAAAAGAGUUCCUACGCGACUGGAUCCCUAAGGCGCUUGAUGGGCUGUAUAUCACUCUCCAGGUGACGACUCCCGACAUCGAAGUACUUGAUGAGGACCACGCGUCAGGGACGUGGGCGGCAAUUGAACGAAUCCAGAUCCUCCAGGGUAACAUUCGAGAAGUAGUCUACUACGGCUAUUACCAUGAGACCUAUAGUCGCGACGUUCACGCUCGCUGGAGGAUCGCAUCCAUCAGAAUGUCUCAAAUACGCCAUGAUAUCUUCACCCGCGAUGGUAAUGUUCGGAUCUACAACCACGUUGGCGAAGAACAAGAAGUAUCCACGUGAGGGAAAUCAAGACAACUAUAGCAUGACUCAUAUUUCUUCUCUACUUCCCCUACAGUGUGCCUCCAAGGCAUAAGUCAGUAAAUUCCCG